GUCCGUCCCGCCGCUCGCCCGUUGCCGCCGCCGCCGCCGCCGCCGCCGCCGCCGCCGCCGCCGCCGCGCUCUCGCUUCGCCGGCCGCCGCCUAAGGGGGGCUGGGGCCGGGCCAAGCCGCCGCCGCCGUCGCCGCUGCCGGGAUGCCGCGGGUGUACAUCGGCCGCCUGAGCUACCAGGCCCGGGAGCGCGAUGUGGAGCGCUUCUUUAAGGGCUACGGGAAGAUCCUGGAGGUGGAUCUGAAGAACGGAUAUGGGUUUGUGGAGUUUGAUGAUCUGCGUGAUGCAGAUGAUGCUGUUUAUGAACUAAAUGGCAAAGACCUUUGUGGUGAGCGAGUAAUUGUUGAGCAUGCCCGCGGCCCACGUCGAGAUGGCAGUUACGGUUCUGGACGCAGUGGAUAUGGUUAUAGAAGAAGUGGCCGAGAUAAAUAUGGCCCUCCUACCCGCACAGAAUACAGACUUAUUGUGGAGAACUUGUCAAGUCGGUGCAGCUGGCAAGACCUAAAGGAUUAUAUGCGUCAGGCGGGAGAAGUGACCUAUGCAGAUGCUCACAAGGGACGCAAAAAUGAAGGGGUGAUUGAAUUUGUGUCUUAUUCUGAUAUGAAAAGAGCUUUGGAAAAGUUAGAUGGAACCGAAGUCAAUGGCAGAAAAAUCAGAUUAGUUGAAGACAAGCCCGGUUCUCGCCGACGCCGGUCCUAUUCCAGGAGCCGGAGCCACUCAAGGUCUCGUUCCCGGAGCAGACAUUCUCGGAAGAGCAGAAGCCGAAGUGGCAGCAGCAAAAGCAGCCAUUCUAAGAGCAGAUCUCGGUCCAGGUCAGGCUCCCACUCCCGGAGCAAGAGCCGCAGCCGCAGCCAGAGCCGCAGCCGCAGCAAGAAGGAGAAGAGCCGCAGCCCCAGCAAGGAUGACAAGAGCCGCAGCCGCAGCCGCAGCGCCGACAAGCGCCGCAGCAAGAGCAAGGACCAAGCUGAAGAGAAGAUCCAGAAUAGCGACAACACUGGCAAAUCCAAGAGCCGGAGUCCUAGUCGGCAUAAAAGCAAGAGCAAAAGUCGAAGCAGGAGUCAGGAGAGGCGAGUGGAGGAGAAGCGAGCGAGCGUGAGCAGGAGCAGAAGCAAGGAAAAGAGCCGGAGCCAGGAGAAGGGUCCGCACAAGAGCCGCAGCCGCAGCCGUAGCAAAGGAGGCAGCCGCAGUCGCAGCCGCAGCAAAGACAAGCGGAAGGGAAGGAAGAGAAGCAGGGAAGAGAGCCGUAGCCGCAGCCGCAGUCGCAGCCGCAGCAAGAGUGAGAGGAGCAGAAAGCGGGGCGGCAAACGAGACAGCAAGUCGGGCAGCAGCAAGAAAAAGAAGAAGGAGGACGCCGAGCGCUCGCAGUCCAGGUCACGGUCCCGCUCCGCCUCCAAGGAGCGUGAGCAUGCCAAGGCCGAGCCCAGCCAGAGGGAAGGCCGAGGGGAGAGUGCGGAUGCCGGUACCCAUCAGGAGACCCGGUCCAGGUCAAGGUCCAAUUCCAAAUCCAAACCCAACCCUCCGUCAGAAUCACGCUCCAGAUCAAAGUCUGCUUCAAAAACCCGGUCUCGGUCCAAGUCCAGAUCCAGGUCUGCCUCCAGAUCGCCGUCUCGGUCUAGAUCCAGGUCCCACUCGAGGUCCUAACUGGCUACAACCACAGCUGGAACUCCCCGAGAAGUCUUUUGUACAUGUUUGGUAGCCGUAGCACAAGUGAUCCAAGUAGAACAUAUGUCACUGCUGUACAUUUUUAACUCCCCUAAUGGUGUGUCUACAAUUGUUAAAUCUAAGUGCUUCCUCUCCGUAAAGCCUCCUGGCGCCAGGCCUUCCUGCUCGACUGAAAACAAUCUUCUCUUUGAAAACCCCCUCUACUCCUGGCCCACAGUAGAAUAUCCAAACCGCCGCGGCCCUCCGCCUGGCCUUUCCUACAGGGAGCUCAGUACCUGGACGGCUUUCAGGCUGGAAUGCUGACAUAGGUAGGUACGGUGAGUUCAGCCAUGUUUGCCCUCGAAUUGAUGCCCUUUGAUGUUUGCCAUUUAGUGAAAGUGCGAAGUCUUAAGUUUCCUACCACUUUGGUUUCAUACUUUUGGACUUAACAAAGUUGUGAAUAGCACAGUCGAGGAAAAUUGAUACCUGCAGUAACCCAUAGGAAAUAAACUGUAGAGUUCCAUAUUCUGGUAUUGUGAUUAUAUUGUUUUAUAUUAAAAAAGAAAAGAAAAGAAUUUUUUUUAAUUUUAUUUUUCCCCGUCUUGCAAAGUAUAGUGACCCCUGUUUCCAUUAAAUUUGAAUAAAGACUAUUUUUGCUUGACAAAA